ACGUCAUCCAAAGCUCCGUAAACUGUAUAUAAGCGGAGUCUGAGUUCACUUCAAGGCUUAUCAGUGUCACACAGAGCAGAGCGAGUCAUCGUAGCUAGAAGGAAAAAGCUUUUGGUUGGAUUUUCAUGGACAGCGGCCGUGUAAAUGCGUAUUAAGAGAACAAACAACGCCAUAAGUGGCGGAAACACUCACAGCCCGAGGUGCAGCAAAAUCUCGGAGCUCACAGCAGAGCCUCCCUGGGUGCACUGAUUAGAGCUCGUUGCAUACUUAAAAGCAAAAUAAUUCUGAGCAUUCCCUUAAAACUUUUCACAAUGCCACACUUCAUCCAGGAAUCUGAUUUUAUCAUGGUCGAGGAAGGCUUUGUAGCCAGAGAUCUGAUGGAUGAGAUUAUUAAUGACAUCUCACAAACCGAGGACAGGGAUGCCUUUUUCGUUGCUGAUCUUGGUGAUGUGGUGAGGAAACAUCUGCGCUUCCUAAAAGCCCUGCCUCGUGUAAAGCCUUUCUAUGCAGUAAAAUGUAACAGCAGCAAGGGAGUGGUGCAAAUCCUGGCUGAGCUUGGGGCUGGAUUUGAUUGUGCUAGCAAGACUGAAAUUCAGCUGGUUCAGGAUAUUGGAGUGCCUGCAGAUCGCAUCAUCUAUGCCAACCCCUGUAAGCAAAUCUCGCAAAUCAAAUACGCAGCCAAAAAUGGAGUACAGAUGAUGACCUUUGACAAUGAGAUUGAACUGUCCAAGGUGUCACGAAUCCACCCUAAUGCCAAGAUGGUCUUGCGCAUAUCCACAGAUGACUCCAAAUCUUCUUCCCGUCUCAGUGUAAAGUUUGGAGCUCCAUUAAAAUCUUGUAGACACCUGUUAGAAAUGGCAAAGAACCUAAAUGUGGAAGUGAUUGGUGUCAGUUUUCAUGUGGGCAGUGGAUGCAGUGAUCCUAAAGCCUACAUUCAAUCUAUCGCUGAUGCUCGCUUGGUCUUCGAAAUGGCAACAGAGUUUGGACACAAGAUGUGGCUCCUGGAUAUUGGAGGUGGUUUUCCUGGGACUGAGGACUUUAAGAUCCGAUUUGAGGAGAUUGCAGCGGUUGUAAAUCCAGCCUUGGACCUAUAUUUCCCUGAAGACUCUGCUGUUCAGGUCAUUGCAGAACCUGGGAGAUACUACGUGGCAUCUGCUUUCUCCUUAGCUGUCAAUGUUAUCGCUAAAAGAGAGGAGCUCAUGGAUCAGGAGGGAUCAGAUGAUGAAGAGACUGCAGCAAAUAAGAACAUUAUGUACUACUUGAAUGACGGCAUGUAUGGCUCGUUCAACUGCAUCUUUUUCGAUCAUGCACACCCUAAGCCAAUCCUUCAUAAGAAGCCUUCUCCUGACCAGCCUGUGUACAGCAGCAGCCUUUGGGGCCCCACGUGUGAUAGUAUAGAUCGUAUUGCUGAGCAUCUUCUGCUUCCUGAGCUUCAAGUGGGUGACUGGCUCUUGUUUGACAACAUGGGGGCUUACACCAUAGCAGCAUCUUCCACUUUUAACGGCUUCCAGCAGACUCAAAUCCAUUACGCCAUGUCCCGGACUGCCUGGGAAGCUUUACAGUUCUUACAAAGAGGAUCACAGCAAACUGAAGAUAAUAAAAGUGUCUGCACACCAAUGUCUUGUGGAUGGGAAAUAUCUGAUGCACUGUGCUUUGCUCCUGCAUUUUCACCAACUGGCAUCAUCUGAGCUUGGCUCUCAUAUCGAAAGACGCUUUAACCAUGGCUUUAUAGAGUUGUUUUGUUUUUCUCUCACACAAGGAACCAGACUUAGCGUUUGUCUUCCUGUUUAAGUAUGCAACAUAAAUAAGCUAUCAGUCCAUGUCUGUUUGUCUGUCUCUUAUCUUGUUAUGUUAGGGACCACUCUGUUACACUGGAUCUGAAACAUUAAAUAUUUGCUAAUUUUAUAAUAAAA